AUGCUACUAAUUUGCUCAAGUAUCUUUGCCCCUGAUGCCAAGGGAUUCGUGUCGAACCAAACGAUCGAGGUCAACGAGUCGUCUGGCUUGAUCGCUCAGGUCAGAAGCACCACUGCUGCGGAUCUCAAGAAGGAAGGCUCAAUCGACCUGCGUGGGAUGUCUGUACUUCCAGGGUUUGGCGACGCUCAUGUACAUCUGUUCUUACAUCCAUAUUCCGAAAUCUCGUGGAACGACCAAGUCACGAAGCAGACUAUUACCGAACGCACCGUGAGGGCUGUCAACCAUUCCAAGGCAACGCUUAUGGCCGGCUUCACUGCUGUCCGCGACUUGGGGACUGAAGGAGCGCUCGACGCCGACCUUGCCCUAAGGAAAUGCAUCUCGACUCCAGUUUCCCUCAUCCCAGGACCGCGAUAUUUCUGCGUCACCCGAGCCAUUGUAUCCACAGGGUCCUACGGGCCGAAGGGGGAGCUCAACCCGAGUAUGAACGGCGUUGAUGGCGCUUUGGGUGCGGACGUCGCUGACGGUCUGGAAGAGUGUCGUAAAGCCGUUCGAAGGCAGAUCGGCGCUGGUGCAGACUGGAUCAAGAUCUACGCAGAUUACGGUUUUCGGUCACGCAUGGGGGCGAUUGCACCGAAGGUUGCAGUCGCCAACCGCGCACUGUGGGCAGAGGAAGAGAUUAAGAUGAUGAUCGACACUGCGCAUGCGCUCGGUGUCCGAGUUGCCGCACACGCUUCCCUCGCCGAAUCAAUCAAGGUUUGUUCUCGCCUCGGUGUGGACACCAUCGAACAUGGAUACGAGGCCGACCAGGAAGCACUUAAUGCAAUGGCAAAGCACGGUGUCAUCUGGGUACCAACCCUGGGAGCUUAUUACACAAUGCGUACCGGAGGCAACGACUGGAAGUGGAAGAAAGCACAAGCAACAUUCAGAAUGGGGCUGGCGACGAAAGGCUUAAAGAUUGCCGUUGGUGGCGAUACAGGCGUUUUCGCUCAUGGGCAGAACUGCUUGGAGAUGCAAUUGAUGCAUCAGCACGGUAUGCCCUGGAAAGAUGUUCUUCAUGCCGCUACGGUCGUCUCAUGGGAGGCGAUGCGCGGCAUGGAAUUUCACGGUGAGGACUGCGAGAAGAACCUCAAGAUGUUCGCCGCCAUCGCGAGCCAAAACGAGGGAGAAAAGCAUGGUGACAACGGGGUUCCGUUCGGGAGCCUCAAGCCUGGUUUUGCUGCGGAUAUCAUUGCGACUGCCGGUAGCUUGGAGAAUGAGUUUGCUCAGGCCAUUGAGCCUUCGAAGAUAGAGUUUGUGAUGAAAGGUGGGAAAGUGUACAAGUGGAAGGGACAAUCAGUGUGA